AAUUAACAUCCCUCUUGUUGAAGCACUUCAACAAAUGCCAAGUUAUGCAAAGUUCCUCAAGGAUGUGGUAUCACAAAAAAGGAAAUGGGGGCACUAUGAGACGGUCAACUUGACGGAGAGUUGCAGUGCAAUUAUUCAAAGGAAGUUGCCGGCCAAAAUGCAAGAUCCGGGAAGCUUCACUAUUGAGUGCACUAUUGGAAAUUGCUUUGUGGGGAAUGCCUUGUGCGAUCUAGGGGCUAGCAUUAAUCUUAUGCCAUUGUCCUUCUUCAACAAGUUGAAUAUUGGUAAAUUGAGAUCGACUAGCAUUACUUUGCAAAUGGCGGAUAGAUCGGUGGCAUAUCCCUCGGGCAUAGCAGAAGAUAUAUUGGUGAGGGUGAAUGAGUUCAUAUUCCCCGUUGACUUCGUGGUGUUGGACAUGGAAGAGGAUAGAAUUGUACCUCUUAUUUUGGGAAGACCGUUCCUUGCCACCGGGAAGGCCAUGAUCGAUGUUUCAAAAGGGGAACUUACACUUCGCCUCAAUGAUGAGAGCGUGACAUUGUCGAUAUAUGAGGCCUUAAAGAGGCAUGAUGCGGAACCGGGAGGAAGCCUACAACAUUGCAAUGUUGUGACCGUGAUGGAUGAGUGUGUUGGAGGAGUGGCACCGACCUCUUACUUGGAUGAUCAAUUAGAGAGAUGCAUUUCUCAUUCCAUGUAUUCUUCUCAUUCUUUUGAUGUUUUGGAUGCUAACCCCGAGUUGUUGGAAUUUGUAGGUGCUUUGGACUCGGCUAAAGAAAUCCCUAGAUCACUUCGUCCACAAUUUCUACCUCUUAGGAGUGGAAGUGAAGAUAGCAAUAAAGAUGGGGAAAACAAGAAGCUUGAGUUGAAGCCACUUCCACUACACUUGCGAUAUGCCUUUCUUGGAGGGAAUGACACUUUUCCGGCAUUUGAGAAGCUCAAGGCGGCGUUGGUGAGUGCCCCAAUCUUGAUCUCCCCCGAUUGGUCUCAACCUUUCGAGAUCAUGUGUGAUGCAAGUGAUGUGGCGGUAGGCUCGGCUUUGGGACAAAAGAGAGACAAGAUAUUCCGGGUGAUAUAUUAUGCUAGUAGGACAUUGGAUUCGGCUCAAGCUAACUACACCACUACCGAGAAGGAAAUGCUUGCGGUGGUCUACUCUUUUGACAAGUUCCGCCCUUACCUUAUUGGGGCCAAAACUAUUGUCUUUACUGACCAUGCCGCCAUCCGCCAUCUAUUUGUUAAGCAAGAUGCAAAACCAAGGCUUAUAAGGUGGAUCUUGCUCCUUCAAGAAUUUGAUUUGGAGAUCCGAGAUAGAAAAGGGUGUGAGAAUGUGGUGGCGGAUCAUCUCUCAAGAUUGGAGCAUGCUAGUGAAGAGGAAAAAAUUGAAGUUGGUCAUCAAUGAAGAAUUCCCGGAUGAGCAUUUGUUUUAUGUGGCCAAGGGUCAAGUGGCAUGGUAUGCCAAUAUUGUGAACUAUCUUGUUGCUAAGGUGAUUCCCGAAGGACUUGAGGACUAUCAAAAGAAGAAGUUCUUCCACGACGUGAAGUUCUAUUUUUGGGACGAGCCUUGUCUUUUUAGAAGAUGUGCCGACAUGGUGAUUAGAAGAUGUGUCCCUCAAGAGGAGUGGGAGUCCGUUAUUAUGCAUUGCCACACCGCACCUAGUGGGGGGCAUUUUGGAGCUAACCGGACUGCUAUGAAAGUGCUCCAAAGUGGUCUAUUUUGGCCAACCAUCACCAAAGACUGCCAGGACUACGUGAGAAGAUGCAACGAGUGCCAGAGAAUGGGGGGUGUUUCUAAGAAGAAGGAGAUGCCAUUGACGACAAUUGUUGAAGUCGAGUUGUUUGAUGUGUGGGGCAUUGACUUCAUGGGGCCCUUUCCUCCAUCUAGUGGGUUCCAAUACAUUCUACUAGCCGUUGACUAUGUAUCAAGGUGGGUGGAAGCCAUUCCUACCCAAACUAAUGAUUCAAAGGUGGUGAUUAAAUUCGUUCAAAAGAACAUAUUCACGCGAUUCGGCGCACCUCGGGCUAUCAUAAGUGAUGGAGGGUCUCAUUUUCGCAAUAGGUGGCUAGAGGCGGUCUUAGCAAGGCAUGGAGUGAAGCAUCGGGUGACAACUCCUUAUCAUCCACAAGCUAAUGGUCAAACCGAGUUGGCCAAUAGAGAGAUCAAACAAAUAUUGCAAAAGAGUGUCAAUGCUAACCGUAGAGAUUGGGCUCUCAAGCUUGACGAUGCUCUAUGGGCGUAUAGGACGGCUUACAAGACGCCAAUCGGGAUGUCACCUUAUCAAUUGGUCUUUGGGAAAUCAUGCCAUCUCCCGGUUGAAUUGAAGCACUCAUCAUAUUGGGCGGUGAGGCAAAUGA